CUUUAGUUGAUGCGGUGGCUACGAUGCAUCAGUCCGGCGUGCUGCACGGCAACCUUUACAGAUACGGCCAGCUAUACUGUAAAUAUUCGUCAGCUGCCCAGUUUCCCAUCGGAUCAACGCUGAAGCCUUCAACCUAAAAAGAUGGGUUAGACGGAAGAUGCGCCGAUCAGCCGUUUUCACUUCUUCGCGACCAUGGGGAACUGGACUUUCUAUUUCUACCAAGGCACCAUGACAAUGGUUAGGAAAGAAAAUAGAGACGGGAACUGAUUUUCUCCCCUGUUCUUUCAUUUUUUUUCUUUUUGUUUUUUGAGAAAUGAUUGCAGAGUUGGUGGCCAGCGCCGUGGCUUUGGUCCUGUAUCUCAACACCCUGGGCGCAGAUUUCUGCUACGAUGACAGCCGUGCAAUCAAAACGAACCAGGACCUGCUCCCAGAGACUCCCUGGAUCAGCAUCUUCUACAACGACUUCUGGGGGACCCUCCUUACCCACAGUGGCAGCCACAAGUCAUACCGGCCCCUCUGCACACUCUCCUUCCGACUGAACUAUGUCGUGGGAGGUUUGGAUCCUUGGGGCUACCAUUUGGUCAACGUGAUGCUCCACUGCGUCGUCACCGGCCUCUUCGCCCGCCUUUCUCGCCCCCUGCUGGGCGGGGGCCUCUGGACACUGGUGGCCGGGAUGCUUUUUGCCUCGCACCCUGUGCACACGGAAGCGGUGGCAGGCGUGGUGGGCCGGGCCGACGUGGGGGCAGCGCUGCUGUUCCUGCUCUCAUUGCUGUGCUACGCUCGCCACUGCGCACUCAGGCUCGCCACGACGCACUCCUGGGCCUGGUUCCUGGCCAGUCUGGCCUGCGCUGCCUUCAGCAUGCUGUGGAAGGAGCAGGGCGUCACCGUGCUGGCUGUGGCCGCCCUCUACGAUGUCUUCAUCGUCCACCGUCUCAGCUUCCGGCAAAUAAUCAGCCUCCUCUGCAAGAGGAGUAACGUGGCUCUUCUGCGCAGCCUGAUUCUGCUGGCAGUCUGGGGGGCUCUUCUGCUGGUGAGCCGCCUAUACUGGAUGGGCAGCACGCCGCCCAACUUCUCCAACUCGGACAACCCGGCGGCCGACUCUCCCAGCCUCCUGACCAGGACGCUGACCUUCUUCUACCUGCCAGCAGCCAACGUGUGGCUGCUGCUGUGCCCAGACACCCUGAGCUUCGAUUGGUCCAUGGACACCCUGCCCCUCCUCACCAGUGCUUCUGAUUGGAGGAAUCUGCACACUACGGCAUUCUAUGUAGGAUUACUGCUCCUGGCUUGGUUUGGCCUUCGAAGUCCUGUCGUGGCCAAGGAGGCCAACGGCAAAGCCCUAAUUUCAAAUGGCAAGUCCAGCGCCAACGGGCACAGUUGCCACGUCGAUUCGGAGCACAUCAACUCGAACCCAGCACCUCUAAACAGUACAGAGAAUGGCACAGAACCCCACCGUGCGACACCGAAUCUCCUGCCCAGCACAGAAAACGUCGUGAUGUUCUCUCUAGGCCUGAUGUCCAUCCCCUUCCUCCCCGCCACUAACCUUUUCUUCUACGUGGGCUUCGUGAUUGCCGAGCGGGUCCUCUACAUACCCAGCAUGGGAUUCUGCCUUCUGCUGACUUUGGCCAUGAGGUCCCUGCAAGUCCGCCUACGGAAGAGGUCCUCCAAGACUAUAGUGCUGUACUGCAGCGCCAGCUUGGUCAUAUUCUACGGGGUCAAAACCGUCUUGAGAAACCAGGACUGGCACAAUGAGGAGAUGCUGUAUAGGUCAGGGAUCACUGUAAACCCUGCCAAAGCCUGGGGGAACCUCGGGAACGUCCUGAAGAACCAGGGCAAGAUCGCGGAGGCCGAGCAGGCCUACAGGAACGCUCUGUACUACCGGAGGAACAUGGCCGACAUGCUGUAUAAUCUGGGUUUGCUGCUACAGGAAAACAACAGAUUUUCUGAGGCGCUGCAUUACUACAGGCUGGCUAUCGGGAGCAGGCCGACUCUGGCUUCUGCCUACUUGAACACAGGAAUCAUCCUGAUGAACCAGGGCCACCUGGACGAAGCCAGGAGAACGUUCCUCACAUGUGCCGACAUCCCGGAUGAGAACCUGAAGGAUCCUCAUGCUCACAGGAGCUCCGUGACCAGCUGCCUCUACAACCUGGGCAAACUUCUCCAUGAGCAGGGCCAUCAGGAGGAGGCCCUGUUGGUCUACAAAGAGGCAAUACACAAAAUGCCGAGGCAGUUUGCACCUCAGAGCCUGUACAAUAUGAUGGGAGAGGCCUACAUGAGGCUGAACCGACUGCCCGAGGCCGAACACUGGUACAGGGAGUCUCUGAGGGUCAAGCCCGACCACAUCCCUGCCCACCUGACCUACGGGAAGCUGUUGGCGCUCAUGGGACAGAAGGUGGAGGCAGAAAGGUACUUUCUGAAGGCUAUUCAGCUGGAUCCAGCCAAAGGGAGCUGCUACAUGCAUUACGGCCAGUUUCUUCUAGAAGAAUCUCGGCUGGCCGAGUGCGCAGAGAUGGCUGAGAUGGCUGCCCAGCUGGAGAGCGGCGAGUUCGACGUGGUCUUCAACGCGGCCCACAUGCUCAGACAGGCGAGUCUCCAUCAUACCGCUGAGAAGUAUUAUGGCCUUGCAGCAAGCCUGAGACCAGACUAUCCAGCUGCCUUAAUGAACCUGGGCGCGAUUCUCCACCUCAACGGGAAGCUCCAGGAGGCCGAGGCCAAUUACCUCCGAGCCCUCCAGUUGAAGCCAGAUGACACCAUCACACAGUCCAACCUGCGAAAGCUGUGGAACAUUAUGGAGAAGCAAGGCCUGAAGACGAGGGGCUCUUUGCCAUGAGCCGCGAGCGUGUCGAGCCCCGUGGCAUGCGAGCUGCUGAAGACGUCAGACUGUUCCUCAGACAGAUCGUUCAGCCGUGCCAUGAUGUUUAGCACUUAACUUGGAAUGGGCCCUGCGUUCGUGUCUGGUCCUCUGAUGAGCUUGAUUUGAUUACUACUUAUUUUCAAUUACUAAUUUCAUUUUUAUUUUCUGCUGAUUUUGACCAUGGGCAAUGCAUUAAAGACUGAGAAAUCAAUUAUAUAGAUAUACAAUUAUACAGGGUUUGAGUUUAUAACCAGGGUUAAUCGUUUUGUAAGUUAAAACGAAAUCGAUAGAGAGUUAAACUGAGGCGUUUCUCGAAUUUUGAGCGUUUUUGACAUCUGCCACUGUUGUCUUAGGUUAAGGGUACUUCUGCAGAAAGCUCAAAAAACCAAAAAGGUUUCAGAGAAAUGUCUAAUCUGCCAAAAUUAUUUCCUCUUGUAGCUUUUCCUGUGUAACAUUAUACACGCAAUGUAGAUACAGUGUGAUAAAGUGCUUGGAUUUUGGCUAAGAAAGGCAGCGACGUACUGAAGGCAUUCAGACGAUUACGCAUGUCAACAUCUCCAGCCUGGAUUCCGACAGCCUGCCUGGAACGCAUCCUGGAAACGAUUCAGAGAGUCACUGCGUGUGUGGAGAGCAGGUGACGUGCCUGGUGUGCUGGUAGGACAAACAACAUUUCAGACAGCAACUGUCAGCAAAGUCAAGUGACUGAAUAGAACUCAUGUGGCAGGAACCUAAUCUUAAUCAUUUCAGGUCGUACGUCGAUCAUGAGAAACACGUAUAAGUACUAAGGAAUCUGGGAACAUCUUGAGUAGUCAGAGUAAAUUUUGCCGGAUUUUUCCUAACUGGACAUGUAUGCAGAUGUUGUGUGCAGGUUCAGUUUUGUGACACCGUGUCAGGCAGAGAGGACAGCUGUAGUCAUGCACACCAGUGUUCUGCUCCGUCCUCCUCCAUCCUCGACGAUGCCGAAAAUCCCCCCCCCCCACCCCCCCUGUCGCUGUACGAUAGGAAUCUCUGGCGAUCCAGGCCAGGCUUCCAGCCCCUGCCAUUAGAUGUGGUUUAGAACGGAAGACGCUUCCUCUCAGUCACAGAUAUAUUCCGAGUAGCACGAGUUAAACAGGAGCUUGUUAGUGUCUUAAGCCGCGGCUGACAGCUCCCAUAACCAAACAGACCUACACUGUAACUGUUGCACUCUUAACAAUGUACAACCACACAGUUUUUCCUAUUUAUGGAUACUUAAAUAUGUAGCAUAUUUUGCUAUAUUUGUUUAAGUUUGUAAGUCCUUGUAUUGUUUGUAUAUAUUUUUAAUAUAUAAAGCUAUUGCUUUGCAGUACAGACUAGCAAGGAAAGAACGUAAAGAAGGUUGUUUCGAUGUGAUAAUUUAUGACUUUCGACUUUUGUUCUGCAUUACUUUGUUCUGUUAGGGUGUAAUAUUUCGUUGAAUUGAUGGUGAAAAUAAUCUUUGAUAAUUGUAACAUUGUCCUGAAAUUUGUUUGUCUUAUUGCCAUCGCAAAGCUAUUCUUAAAAUACAGGCAGUUAUCUGACUGAGAUUUAGUUUGUUUCCUGUUCGUUUAAGGUUGUUUAAAUUAUUGCACUGUGUGUGUGUGUGUAUGUGUGUGUGUGUGUGUGUGUGUGUGUGUGUGUGUGUGAGAGAGAGAGAGAGAGAGAGAGAGCAUGUGACCUUAGCUAGUAAACCAGCUGGCACUGUGUUGUAAAAAGGUUUUAUCUGAAGGAGCGACUGACAUAUUGCUUUUGUAGAUAUCGGUGGAAACAGAAAUCUGCAGGAUUUACUGUUUGGAAGCUGUGCAUUAACAUAAGGCAGUGCUGCAGAUAUUUGGCAAACAAAUUAUAACCAAGUUCUGCACAUUUUGAUAGUCUGACGGAUUUAUUUGCAACCAUAGGAAAAAUAAUAGUAACAGCUGAAUUAUUUUGAAACACAUCAAAAUGAGGGUGAAUGAUUAUGCAUGUAAACAGGCUUAGUUUAAUCAAUGGUACAUCAACAAGUCAUCCUGUUUGAAACUGAAAGGUGAAAUUCUGGUUUGGUUUUCAAUAUUUAGUCCGUACUUUCAACUUGAUUCGUUAAAUUCCAGUGUACAGAUGUAAGAAAUGUACAAAAAAUGUUGAACUUCCUUCCUUCCAUGAAAGAGUGAGUACUGCCUAGCAGAUGGUACUGUAUAUCAUUGGUGAUGUGUGUGUUCAAAACGCAUUUUGUGUUUCACAGUGUUUUCUUGGGUCAGUUCUACGCAGUACAUGACCUCACUUGUUUUUCGCUGCAGCACUGUGGACGUCUGAAUGACAUGUGACACAACUAACGCUGGCUGCAUGGUUUAGCUGAGGCUUGUUCCCAUGGUGUCUGUACGAGAUUAUUCAGUUUGGCCACAAAGGACGCCGUGCUUAGGCAGGAUUGUGUGUAUAAUUUACUCGUUCUUCAUGUGUAAAAACUGUUUAAAAAGCUAGUGAAAAAUGGGAAAAAAAAUCUUUUAAAGAAAUGUGUCAUUAUGUGUCUGCUCAGGGAUUUAAGUCUGGGUGUUCAGAAUCGCGCUGACGUGGAAAUGUUAACACGCUGGCAUGAGUUUAUUAAAUUAAAGGUUUUAUUUUUUGAAGACAGUUGUAUUUGUAUAAAUUAUCAAAAUUUGUAGCCAUUUUUUGUAAUACAAAAGGCAUUUCUUUGCCAGACUAGGCGCUCCAAAAUGUUUUUUUCACCAAUAAAAUACUAGUAACAUGGA